UAUAUAUAUAUAAACAAAGCUUUCCAAAUCUCCCACCAAACAAAGAAAACCCACUUCGUAUGCGAAAUCUCCAAGAAAGUCAGCCUCAGUCCGCACAAAAAAAUUAAAAAAAAAAAAAAAGGAAAAAGAAAAAAGGAAAAAUCCAACAAAAAAACGCAACCCACAGCCCCUUCGCUUUCUUCUUCUCCUUCUUCCUUCUGUUUACAAGGAAACUAUGUACCAGGACAACUCCUGCUGGGCCAUGAUUCAGUCCGCUUCGACUCGAUGGACUCGCUACGAGGACAAGCUAUUCGAGCAGGCUCUUGUUCGGUUCUCUGAGGACUUGCCGGAUCGAUGGGAGAAGAUCGCCCAGCAGCUUCCCGGAAGGUCACCUAGCGAUGUAAUGGAGCACUAUGAGGCUUUGGUUCAUGAUGUAUUCGAGAUCGAUUCGGGUCGGGUACAGUUGCCCAGCUAUGCCGAUGACUCGUUUGGUUUGUCCAGGUGGGAUUCUGCUAGUCAGAUCUCUUUCGGGUCAAAGCCCAAACAACAGGGUGGAGAGCCUGAGAGGAAGAAGGGUACUCCAUGGACUGAAGAAGAACACAGAAAGUUUCUACUUGGACUGCAGCAAUUUGGAAAGGGUGACUGGAGGAGCAUUUCAAGGAAUGUGGUUAUAACAAGAACACCGACCCAGGUAGCAAGCCAUGCUCAGAAAUAUUUCCUUCGCCAGAACUCAGUGAAGAAAGAAAGGAAAAGAUCGAGCAUUCAUGACAUAACCUCAGCUGAAACCAAUUCAGUGCCUAUGUCUGCUGAUCAAAAUUGGAUUCCUCCACCUGGUGGCCAGCCACUGCCGUUGCAACAGUUGCCCCCAACAGGGCAUAUGCCUGAUCAAGGAGCUUCAUUGGGGUAUCAAAAUUUUAGUUUUCCAAUGUAAAUAUGCACAUCGGAAUCACAUGGUACUGCAUACUCUGUAUAUAGAGCUACUGUGUGCAUUUAACUUUACAAAUCUGUAAAGUUUUACUUUGUUUGUUUUUUUUUUUUUUUUUUCCCCUCCUAUAUUUUAGGCAAUAGGUGAUUAGUUCUGUAAAGUGAAACUUGAAAGUGUAGGUAGUGUUCUGAAGAUGUUUGUGAAGUAAUAGAGAUUAGUGAGAUUAUUUAGGGGUAGUAUAAUCCAUUAAUUCAUUAGCAAUAGAAAUUCUUUCAGACUCUUUGAUCAUUUUCCUGUGUUGAAAUUCCUUCUUGGAUAGCUUUAUAGUCUCCAAGUGAAUUAUGAACCUAAGUUGUACGAUCUGUAUUUUUUUUUUUUUGUUUUUUGUGGGUACUUUCAUCUCUCAGCUUUUGAUUUCAUUGCCUCAAUAAGACAUGUAGUUCUUCAGCAUCAA